AUCCAUGUCCUUUUUAUUGCUGAAUAAAAUUGUAUGAAUAUUCCUAACAUCCUAAAUAUUCACCCAUUAGUUGAUGGACAUUUGGGUUGUUUGCACUUUUUAGCUACUAUAAAUUCUUUAGUUCUCAAGGGCUUCCCUUGUGGCUUAGCUGGUAAAGAAUUCACCUGCAAUGUGGGAGACCUGUGUUUGAUCCCUGGGUGGGGAAGACCCCUGGAGAAGGGAAAGGCUACCCACUCCAGUAUUCUGGCCUGGAGAAUCCCUUGGACAGAGGAGCCUGGCAGGCUACAGUCCAUGGAGUCCCAAAGAGUCAGACAGGACUGACUUUCACUUCAUUUCUCUUCACUUAGUGUUCAAGUUAUUGUGUGAUCAUGUUUUCAUUCCUCUUACAUCUUUAGAAGUGGAAUGGCUGGAUCAUAUAAUUUCAUACCUAACUUUUGAAGAACUGCCAGACUUUUCCAAAGCACCUGCACAGUUUACACACCCACUAGUAAUGUAUGAUUUCCCACAUCCUUCCCAAUCCCUGUUAUUGUCUUUGAAAUUACAGCUUUCUAACAGAGUGGUUUCUUGUAGCUUUGUUUCCCUAAUGACAUGAAUGUCUUUUCAUGUGCUUAUUUCCCAUUUAUAGACUUGGAGAAAUAUCUAUUCAAAUCCUUCACCCAGUUUUUAACUGUACUAUCGCUCUACUGUUUAAGGAGUUCUUUAUAUAUUCCAGUACAAUGAUUUGCAAACAUUCCUCCCAUUCUGUGGGUUGUCUUUUCACUGGUUGCUUGGCUUGCAACACAGAAGUUUUUCAUUUAGCUGUAGCCCAUCUUAGGCUUGUGGUGUCCUAAGAAAUAACUUGUCUAAGCCAAAAUCGAAGAGUUUUAUAGUCUCAGCCUCUAUAGGUCUGUGGUGGGUUUUCAGUUAAUCUUUGUAUGUGUUGUAAGCCCUUCCCUUUUAAGUACCUGUCUGGGAAAUUUGCAUACACAAGUUUUUUUAUUCUCUGGCUAGAACUUAGUUACCUGGUUGUACCAGUCAUCUCUAAGAGAUUGGAGAAUGUUUAUUUCGGGCAUCCGAUAGCAAUUUUUUUUAGGCGGCAUGUAAGCCUACUCAGCCUUAAUCUUAACAGUCUGAGCAAUUCUGUUACUUCUUGUUUCUAAGAACUUGGCCGAUUUUAACAAGGAUUUAGCAGGAGGGUUUAGUGAGAACCGCUGCUGACUCUCACUCCCUCGGAGACCGAUCCCAAGGAAAACGGCCCCGAGUCACUUGCCAGCCUUUCCCCGCAGCACAUGUGGGCUCUGGCGUUUUUCCCUUCGGGUAAUUCACCGCGCCGCACUUCGCGCCUUCUAGUUUUCCCGCGCGCAGCCCCCCGCCCGGGGCGCGUCGGCCGGCCCGCCCCUCCGCGCCGCGCCCGCUCGGCCGGGGAGCCGCCCUCCCCGCGGGCCAGGGCAGGCGAUAACACCCCGCGCCUUGGUGCGCUGGCGGCCGUGCGCGAUGGCCGUGUACCGCGAGGCGAUCCCGGGCCCGUCUCUGGAGACGCCGUCGCCCUCUCCGGAAGCACACAGCUCAGCUCAGGGUUCGUUCUUCCAGGUGCCCUACACGGCGCUGACCAUGCUGCUGACCCCAAACCCCAAGGAGCGGGACUCGGCCACUGCGUACCGGAUGACCUUGGAGAUGGUGGGGACGCUGAUGGGAGCCACCGUCCACGGACUCAUCGUGUCUGGUGCACACGGGUCCCACAGGUGCAAGGAGGACAUGCUCCCUGGGGAGGUGGCUGUCUCCCCCAACGCGACCCCUCCACCCAAGCAUCUGGCCAGGGCCUGGGCUUCCUGACUGGGCUGGGUCUCACGGUCCGGCAUCGGCCCUAUCUGAAGCUGGUCAUCUCCUUCCUCUUCAUCUCAGCAGCUGUUCAGGUGGAGCAGAGCUACCUGGUCCUGUUCUGUACACACGCCUCCCAGCUUCAAGACCACGUCCAGGGCAUGGUGCUGACCAUCCUGGUCUCGGCAGUGCUGAGCACCCCGAUGUGGGAGUGGGUUCUGCAGCGAUUUGGGAAGAGGAUGUCAGCCCUCGGGAUCUGUGCGAUGGUGCCCUUUGCAAUCCUGCUGGCUGCCGUGCCCAUGGUGCCCGUGGCAUAUGUCGUGGCCUUUGUGUCUGGCCUGAGCAUCGCUGUGUCCUUGCUGCUACCCUGGUCCAUGCUUCCAGAUGUGGUCGAUGACUUCCAGCUGCAGCACCAGCAUGGCCCAGGCCUGGAGACCAUUUUCUACUCAUCCUACGUCUUCUUCACCAAGCUUUCGGGAGCAGGCGCCCUGGGCAUCUCCACUCUCAGCCUGGACUUCGCAGGGUACGAGUCAGGAGCCUGCAGGCAGUCGGAGCAGGUGGUGGUGACCCUCAAGGUCCUCAUCGGUGCAGUGCCCACCAGCAUGAUCCUCAUUGGCCUGUGCAUCCUCAUGGUCGGCCCCACUCCCAAGGUGCCAAGUCGGGCCAACUCCCGCUCCCUGGGGAGGAGGACCAGCUACACUCUGGCUUGAAUUUGAGACCCUGUGAGCCGGCACGUCAGGAGCAGCGUCUUCUGGGCUCCAGGCCCCCUUUUUCAGCCCUUUGGCACCCCUGCCUCACCAUUUAAACACGACCUGUCUUUUCCCCAGGGAUGUGGAGUCUUCAGUGACUCUCCUGAAGGGAGUGGCCUGGGCUCCACCUUUCAUGUCUUACCUGUUGACCUCAGGACAUCUCAGAGACUACCCAGCUCUGGGCAACCUGUGACCUGGAAAGCAUUCCUGUAGCAACUAUUCCUGGAAAAAGGAAGCCUUUGCCAGCCUGGUCUGCAGACUUCUGUGGGAGCACCAGGCCCACCAACCUGCUUGGAUGGCAAAGCUACCUGACAAGACAGACACACAGAAUUCUUGUUUUUCCUGAUGGUCCAGUGAUCAUCUAAUGGAGAGGCUGACAGACAGCAUGUGAAUGGGCAGAUUGGGGACAGAUGGACAUGCUGGGAUAGCCAGGUGGAGAGAUACACAGAUGCAGCCAGAGAGGCCAGCAGACCCCAGAGGGAGCGGAUGGGGCCAGCAGUGGAGACAGGUUGAACAGGGCACGCGGUGUUUCUCAAGACCUUUCCCCUUGUACAGCUAAGCUGAUGACACUGUUUCUAGAAGUGGUCACAGACUGAUACUGAGCCACCAAAGAUCAAUCAUUUUUAUGAACAAAAGUUAUUUCUGUGGGAAUACUUUUCUGAAAGUUCAUCUUUUAAAAUCACAGGAACCACUAUUUUCUAGAGGCCACCAUGUCUUUGGGGACGAAAGAUCCACUGAGGUUUAUUUUUUCAGAAACAAAUUAAAGGGUUUAUCUUCUA